AAAAGGACCCAGUCCGCAGCGCCGCCCUCAGAAGGCGUGUCCACCCGCCACGCCUCGGGUCGCUCAGCGUGGCCGUGCUCGUUCCCAAAGCUCCCUCACAACAACAACAACCCCCCACGCACCCACCGCUUUGCUCGUCCCCCGAGUUGACAUUUUGUAAACAAACGCCUCGGACCCGAGCAAAAACCGCCCGUCAUGGGCGACGCUUGUUCGCCCGGCCGAGCGGCUCCGUGGCGAGAGGAGGAUGCGCGUUGCCCCGAGGGCGGCAAAGCGCCCUCGGGGCACCGGGCAAUGGGAGCCUCGGUAGGCGCCACCGUAACAGCGACGGUAACAGCGGUAACAGCAGCAGCAGCAGGGGGCGAGUCUGGGCUGCAAGCCGUGCAGGCGAUCGUUGUUGACGGACGGCACGUGGAGGGCAGGCAUUUAAAGAACAGGUCCCAGCAACGGCAGCAUCCGUUGGAAGAUGGUCAGCAGAUCAAGCGACGCGCACUUCAACAUCCUCAUCAGCAGCAGCAGCAGCAGCGGCUUGAGCACCAGCAUGGCCACAAGCAAAGCGAAACGCAGGAUGAGCAGCAGGAAUUUGAACAGCAUGAGCAGCAAGCUCAUCAGCAGCAUCCACACACCGUUGACUCCAAUCCGCUGGAAAUCCAAGGUCAAGACUUUGGACGAAAUUCCGGACCCAAGCAGCAUCAGCAGCAUCAUCAGCAUCAUCAGCAGCAGGGCCGAGGAGGCGGUGGUGGCAAGCGACACCGCCGGAGACCGUCGCGACAGAAGCGCGCACGCCGCUGGAAGCCCUUCACGAAGCUGUCGUGGGACGAGAAGCGACAACUCGAGGAGAGAGACGCGCGUCGCGCCGCACGCAUCCGCGCCGAGAUGGAGGCGAAGGGCUUCCCCGUGGCCCCCUACAACACCACGCAGUUCCUCAUGGAGGAGCACGACCUCGGAGAGCCCGACCUCAAGCCGCCGCCCGGCUGCCGCGGACACCACCACCACCACCACCACGGUGGCUACCAUCGCCGUCGACGCCGCCGCAACUCGUCGUCUUGCAAGACGGAAGAUGAAAGUUCGGGAGAGGCACCCGCCGCUGUCAUCGGCAGCAGCAGCAGCAGCAGUGACGGUGACGGCUGCUCUGGGGACGAGGGUGGAGGCACCUGGGCAGGUGGGGACGACGCUCCCCACAGCGGAGCCUCGGAUGGAGGAGGAGGUGGUGGUGGUGGUGACUUCUUGCUGAGGGAUUUCUUCGAGACGUAUGAGCGAUACCACACCGAGAGCCUGAACGCGAUGAGCAAACGCGAGCUGCUGCAGGAGUACCUGGAGCUGGAGAAAUGCCUCUCGCGUCUGCAGGAGGAGAACGCGUUGCUGAGGCUGCGUAUGGAGGGCGUGCAGGAUGGAGGGGGAGGAGGAGGUGGUGGUGGUGGAGAGGGAGGGGAAGAAGAUGAAGGGGGGGAGGGUGGUAUUGAUGGAGGAGGUCACGGCAGUGGUGGCGAUCGUGAUGGCAGAGGAGCUGGGAAUGGAGAGGAUGCCCCUGGUGGUGGUGGUGGUGAUGGUGGCGAUGGUGGAGGUGUUGGUGGUGUUGAUGGAGGUGGCGAUGGUCUUCAGCGAGAUGUCGCCAGUGGAGCAGAAGCAAGCGGUGCCCGUAGAGGUGACGGCCACGCUGAGCAUCUUGGAGACGGUGCAGAUCUCGCCGCUGGACGUGACGAUGGUGGUGGACACGGGGGUCCCAGCGACAGCGACAGCAGCUCGACCUCGCCCCACGGGCAGGUCGUCCCCUGCGGGACCCAGCAGGGGUCAUCGGAAGUCCAUCGCAUCGUGCAGCUGGAGAACGAACUGCAGAGGCUGCGAGCCGACAACGCGAAACUCAACCGGCAGCACGAGUUGCUGGUGCAGCUCACGGCAACGGCUGGACUCGGUACAGAGGCCCAGAUGGCGUAGUUCGUGGGUUGGGGUCAAUGGGUCAAUGGGUCAAUGGGUCAAGAUCUAGAUGUCACCGUGGCCAAAAUCGUCGAUGCCACCACCACCACCACCAUCCCGCAGCUGCUGAGCGACGAGACACGAGACGAUGGACCGAUCAAGUUUCUGCCGGAAAAAAAGGUCGCUGGACUCGUGGAGGCAGUGGGUCAAGAGGGCCCCUUGUGGUAAGGGUGACCUGGGGAUUCUGUGGGUGGGAGAGGUGAUCAGAAGCCACGGGAUGGAUGAUCAGAAGCCACGGGAUGGAGGAACAUUUGGGCGCGGGAGUGUCGCAAUCCUAAAACGAACGCGUGUCUUUGUUUUUCGUCGUAAUGUUUCGUCUAAUGUUUUCUAUUUUCGUUACGCGCGCGUGCGGAUAGUUGGCGGCGGUGGUGUGGGGGGGGGGAUGGUCAAAAAGUCGUGAGAAUGACCAUUUAUACAUUUGCUCGUUUGAAUACAACAUUUGGGGGGGGGGGUUAAAAUAUCUUAAAACAUGUGCCAAUUGAGCAAGAGACGUGGAUGGCUUCUGCCGUAUUCUCUCGAUUAUAAGACGUACUUGCCACUCAUCCACCACCAUCACCUCUGUAGUUUGUAAAUCCGGUACUUGUGUUUAAUUCGAUUUGUAAUUUCACUCGUGAGAACGGGGACACAACGUUUGGGACGCAUCUUAAAUUUGUAUUCCUAGAGAUGAUCUGUAAUCCUGAGAAUACGGUAAUUUGUUGACGUAGCGUUGAUCGAGAGUUAAAAGUGGGGUGUUUGUGACGCCUGGCGUCGAUUACAAUGUUUGAUUACCCCGGCAAGUUUGUGUAGUACACGUGUUGUUGUAUAUCGACAGCCCCUUGCCCAUCCACUGCUGGAUGAGUUAAAUGUUUACGCCGAGUCGAUCGUGGGGAUUGACUUUAGACUUCGCCGGGAUGGUCAGUAAAGGGCUGAUUUGGUUUAAAGGGCCGAGGUGGUUUGACGGCUCUGAUCCAGUUCAGAUGUCGACUUCGACACUGAUGGUUCGGGAUUUAUGUUGCGAAGUACAUCGGGGAGUGACGCUAAUCACUGCGCCACCGCUCUGCACCCAAUGCAUCUCUUGUUGGUCUUAAAUGUAUGGAAAUUCCACAUUCCAAUGGCGGGAAUCGGCUACAUUUGGACAACCACUACGAUGAUAAAAAUGUGUUUAUUUUAUCGACCCCCUCUCCAGUGUCGAAUGAUUGGUUUGAGUCGCCCACCCAUAUGUGUACUAUACACAUUCGUGUACUGUAUUUGCGAUACAGUACUGUAUACUGUUGUGUGUGCAGUAUGUUGCGUUUCUUAUUCUCUACGAGCUUUUAGCGCAGCACGUAUUACUGUACAGCCCUUUAAAAAAAAUCAAUCCACUGCUGGAUGAAGGCCUCCCCACGCAGGGAUGGGUCGUGUGGGAGGGGAGGUGGGUGCUUAUAUUGGUCAUACUUAAUGCUUGCUGGUCAGUGGGAGCUCGUUUAAAGGCGUAUGGGGAGAGCAUAGCCCAUGGGAGCAGAGUACAAACCAACAGUGGAAUUCGAUGCACUGCCCUCUGCUGCCCACAGCGUAGCAGCCUCUAUCACCUGCGGCAGCGUCACGACGUCGAGGUUGGCUUAUAACAAAAAUAAAUUCCAGCCAUUGUCAUCAAUUCACUGCUGGAUGAGUGCUACGCUGCAUGACGGACAUGUGUUUUUUUUACCAUAAUUCACGCUUGUCAGAGUAGGUUUGUGUGGGGAGGGGGCAGCGUUGUAUAUAUAUACAAGGGCAUAAGUUGCAUUUUGGGGAGUCUUAAAGCUACACGUGUACAUACGUGAGUCGUUGAAAUGUGUCCGGGGGGUGGGUGGGGGUCCUGCGUGUUUGUGUCAAGGUGUAGGAGAUGAUGGGGAGAGGAGUGUGUGUGUGAGUGUUUACACAGUCUCGUGAUCUGUGCCAGCCGAUUUCGAGCCCAAUACCCCGCCCCCAUCAUCCCCAAUGAUUUUCUCGGUUAUUUUUUUCCAAAAUAAAAAUUUCGUGUGAAAUAAUGAACACGUCCCCACCCU